CAGGCAAAAGACAAGGAUAACCUUAUUAUUGACACAAACGUUAUAAUCAGCUGAUCCAUAUUGUGAGGUUAUGUUUUUUAUUUGUGUUUUCUGGUGUAUAUGAAUUGGAUAUAGGCUCUUUACCAGUAAAAAUGAGUUCAGAUUCAAUUUCUGAAUUUUUUGCCGAAAUAUCUCGCAGACGAGCCAAACAGCAGGAAUACUGUAAUCUUCCCUCAUCAGAUUGUGGGUUUGUGGGGGCUCAAUUUCAGGUACCGGCUCAAAAAAUACCUUGGAAGGCCAUUGUCUUAGCGACAAUGCUUUUAGUUGGUGGAACCACCUUACUGGUCUUUGGCUCUCUCGCUAUUGGAGGCAGAAUUGAACUAGAAUAUCCAAACAGGAUGUGGCCAAUGAUUAUUUUAGGCAUUAUCAUGUUUAUACCCGGAGCUUACCAUGUAAGGAUUGCCUAUUAUGCUUAUAAGGAGGUGCCUGGAUUUUCCUUCGAUGAUAUUCCAGAAUUUGAUUGAAUACCUGUGAAAAGAAGCUUAUGUGUAAAUUUGUUACUGUGCCAUUGUUAUUGUGAAGACCAAUUUAGGAAUAAUGCACUAGUUUAAUCUGUGAUAAGUCUAUUACAUGUAUACUUUAAGAGUUAAAAAGCAAAAUUGUUGAUUGUUUUACUUUUGUGCCUAAAUCUAGCAGCAUUCCACUAGAGUGUAGUUUUUUAUAGAAAAUUCACUCUAUUUCAGAGAUUUAUAUAAAGUAGAACUUGUUUUAAUGGAAAAAACCAGCUUGUUAUGUGUGCCUUAUAAAAUAUAACGUUUCCAU